AAAUAGAAACAUAUGAAGGGCCAAGAAAGCAAAACCCUGAUUAUCGAGUUCUGUGAGAUCUGCAAUAUUUAGUGAGAGAGAGACGCUCAAAAAUUCCUCACAGAAAGAGAGAGAAACUCCAAUGGAAAGUGCGAGAAAAUCAAGCAAGAAACCAGGAGAGCAAGAAAGCUAGCUAGCUGGACAGCUCUCCCCACAGCUCCCGGCUCCUUUGAGAUCUUUCCAGCUCUUUUGUCUUUGAUCUUUCUUUCUAUUUUCCGCUUGGUUCAUCUUCUGUUUUUAUUUUAUUUUAUAAAUUUCAAUAUAUAUAUAUAUAUGAGGAUCCGCAAGAACGCGAAGCUCUCAUCCCUGUGGUUCAGCUCAUCGCACGCUUUAGCUCCUGAGUCCCUCCAGACGCACGUGUGCCGGCUCAACCAGUCUCCCUGGGAUGCGAUUUCCUUCGGCCCAGACACCUCUCACCAGUUCGAAGGAGAAGAUAGCUUCACGGGAAAUGCGAGCCUGGGCGAUUCUGUUGGAGCUGAAGAGAGUGUUGCGUCGAUGAUGAACGCGGUGGCAGCGAAGGCGGAGUAUAUGGUUGUGAGCGAUAACCAUAUCGUCGAGAAGCAAGCAAAAAUGUUUGACCAUAGCGAAGAAAGGUCAAGAAGCUGGAAUGAGUUCGGGUCGGAGAAGCUGCGACUGGGAGCUGGGAGGAGCUCGUGCUGCCAGAAAACCGAUGGGAAAGGUUGGCAAUGUAGGAACGAGGCCAAAGAAGGUCAAUCCUUUUGCGAUCGCCACCUGUCCCAUCUUAGGUCUUACAACAACAACUACAACAUUGGCAGUCUCAGGAGAGGCCCGGAAGCAGCAGCGGUCGCCGGGGCUCGUCGCCCGAGAGGUCGGGCGGGGAAGAAGGGUUCAUCCUCGAACCCUUACGAAUUCUAUUACUACUCUGGGUUCGGCCCGCUGUGGGGGAGGAAGAGAGGCGAUAAAAGAUCAGGUGGGAACAAGAAAGAUAUCGAAGCCGCCAAACUCGUCGACAACAACGGCGCCGCCACUAAUAUUACUACCGCUCAAAGAGAUCAAGGCACUCCCUCCUCUUCGCAAUUGGAUAACGGUGAGGAUUUCGAUUACGUGGAUGAGGACGACGACGAGGACGAGGACGCCGCCGCCAACAACGACAGUGGCAAGAAGAGGAUGCGGAAGCCGGUAAAAGCUCGAUCCUUGAAGUCUCUGAUGUAGGGAUACUCGGUUUGGUUAAUUUUAUGGCGGAUUUAGAUUUUCGUAUAUGAAAAUGUGCGUUUAAUGGAGUUGGUGUUUUUUAGGGUUAAAGGAACUACCUUUUUUUUAUUUUUUAUUUUUUUUAAGUUAAACGUUGCGUUCUGUUUUGUCGCGGGUGAGGUUAGGUUCUCUCCGCAGCCCUCAAUCCAUAGACAGUAGUAGUUUUUCUAGGGUAUGAGUCGGGUGGACCAAGAUGUCAGUCAAUGUUUUGAAAUGGAGGAGCUAGAAAGUAAUUUCCUACCUCAUAUUUUUUUCACA